UUCUUCAUGUAGCACUUUCAAAGACCAGGCUUUAAAGCCCAAUACAUAAGCUUUCUUUUAGUACAAGAAUCAUUCAAAUCACUCAUGUAAUUUUCAAAUCACAUAGGGAUGUGUGUGAAAUGUUUUCAAUUUGCUGAGAGAACGCACACCUUUUUUGUGAUUCGUGGACAGAACUUUAAAACGGUAGUUGUGUUUAAGAUCCCGUACCUUGAAAAGUACAUGAGUGAUUGAAUGAUCCUUGUACUAACAGAAAUGACCUGAAUGAUUCUUGUACUAAAAGGAAAGCUUAUGAAUUGGGCUUUCAUAUCUUAGACCCCGAGGUUGUUUCGGAUGAGGCAGCUGUCUCAGCCAAAAGUGCAAAGCCCGACUCUUCAGACGAACCUUUGCAAGUCCAGCCAACCGGGUUACAUGCAGUUCCCACCAAUGAUGCCGCCCAGCUGGAUGUGGACCCACCCGCCACCUCAGCCAGGUGGGGUUCCUAGAGUGUAACCUUCCGAUGAGCCAACAGCCAGUAACGACGCCCAAGAAGAAACCCCUACGCAGUGCACACUAGGGGGAAGAGAUCGUCGGCCAGUAGCAUUGAUGUGAGGUCAACCCACCACAAGCUGUAGACGAGAUACGUAGCCUAUAGACGAAGACGUUACUGUGCUGGUCAUCAAGUUCCAGUCCAUUUCACUGAUGAUCUUGGACAUAAGAUCCGGAGAUGAAGGGAAGUGGAAUUAGCUACUCCAUCCGCCCUGAGUCCCACGAAGUUACUUUGCUGAGGAGAAACCGCCUAGUAACUGAUGAGUGUUAUGCUCUUGAAAUGGACACACAAUGAACCGUUUCUCUGAUGAAUAGGAUCGGAUGUAGUUAUAAGUUUGUAAAUGUUAGAGACAACAUUUCUUUUUGCAGGGGUGAGUGUAGAGGCCAUGGAAAUUGGUCACCCCCUUUUUCAAUUUUGCCCCCUCCCCUUUUAUUAAUGUAAUAGUCCAGGCUUUGCUUUACCUCUGAAAAUAAUGGACUGAUCCAAGAGUUGCCACAUCAGCAAGGGACAGGAAAUUAAGUUGGUUUCAUUGUUCUUACAAGCAAUGACCCUGCCAACAUCUGCCAUAAAGUUGUCCUCGCAUUUCUGUAUCUUUGGCUGACAACUCUCCAUUAUUUCUUACAGGAAAGUGGCCUUUUUGUAGACAGUAACCAUGGGCGACAGUAAAGACUUCAGUAAUGAAACGGAGAAGGAUUUUAAUAGCCGUAUGAGGAGUAUCGUCAACAAUGGCAUAACAUGCAUGACCAUGGCCCUUGGGUUUGAAACUGGUUUAUUCAAAUUGAUGAUUUCCAUGGAAACGCCCAAGACCUGUCAAGAGAUUGCUGAUGCCGGCAAAUUUAAAGAAAGGUAUGUGAGGGAGUGGCUAGGAUCAAUGGUGACGGCAUACAUCGUCAGUUUUGACCCAGUUGAAGAGAAGUACUGGAUUCCUAAACAUCGUCACUCUAUCGCACAGUCCCGAGGAAGGGCCAUGUACACCCCAACGUUGAGCUCAGCUUUCUUUGAUGUCGCCGAUUGCUUCCAAAAAGAUGGACCUCCGGGUGUUCCAUAUGAGAAGUAUGACAAGUUUGAUGCUUUAAUGACGCAGGUUCACGGGCCUGUUUUUGAGAAUGAGUUCAUCACGGAUUUCUUUCCUUCCAUGCCGGACAUUCAAGCCAAAUUGGAGUCGGGCCUGAAUGUACUGGACAUUGGCUGUGGAGCUGGGACGUCAACCAUUGAAAUUGCCAAACGCUUCCCGAAAAGCCACGUACACGGACUUGACUUCUCCGUUACGGGCAUCAAAGAAGCGCAGGCUAAAGCCGACGCAGCGGGCUUGACAAACGCGACUUUCAUCUGUCAAGACGUCACGACGCUACCCGCAGAUUGGACCGACAAAUUCGGUUACGCGUUCGCUCACAUGGUCAUUCCCAACUUGACCGACCCGCACAGGGUGCUCAAGGGGAUUCUCCGCGUGCUGACUCCAGGGGGCGCUCUGUCCGUCGUCGAUCCCAAAUCGCAUUCAACUCUCAAGGGUAACCUAUCCGAAGAUGUCAAGCAUAGUCACAUGCUUUAUAGCAUCAGUUUGCUGAAUUGCGUACCGGCGUCGCUGUGUAAGGGGGAGGGCGCAGCGCUAGGGGCGGCCAUGGGGAGAGAAAAGGGACAAGCGUUGAUUGAGAACGCUGGUUUCAAUAUAUCAUCCAUCAGUGACGCCUUAGGCGCGCAACAUUAUUUGUGUAUAAAACCCCUGUGAAUUCGUACAUUACACAAAUAAUUUAAUUUCAAGGAGGGGAAUAACUGAAUUUUGUGUGUUCAGUUGAAGAGGAUAUUUGAUUCAUUUUGAAAAGAUCAUUGCAGGGCUCUAUUUGAAACUGCACUUUCCUUUAAUGAAAACGUUAUCUGAAAAUUUAGCUACCUAAAUAAGGAAGUUAAGAUGUCAUUUACAACUCAAGCUGUGGAUCUGAAUUGUAUCGGAUGUAUUUUUUAUCUGGGGAGCAAAAAAUUUCAGUUUGAUGAAUUGGGUAAAAACAGUCGUGUAUAUCAUGCCUUAUUAAGUACUCUAAUACAUAUUUAGUAUCAACUUACCAAGUAGUGAAUCAAUUUCAUUUUUAAUGAGUAAUGGUCAGUAUUCACUGGCAUAACUGUUUAGGCAAUUGUUUUAUUUGAAUGUACCUUUUCAAAGAUUUUGCACCAUGAAUUGUAAAUGCGACUUUUUCUGGAAAUGUAAACUAGAAAUUGAUAUAUUUUUCCAGUAAGUCUUCAAUCUCAGGAAAUAGUCUAGGACAACUUUAAGGAAAUGCAUUUUGAAUUGAUAUCUUAAUCUGCAUUUUCCUUCACUUCAUUUGAAGUGAAGUUCUUCAUGUAGCACUUUCAAAGACCAGGCUUUAAAGCCCAAUACAUAAGCUUUCUUUUAGUACAAGAAUCAUUCAAAUCACUAAUGUAAUUUUCAAA